UAUUCAUCAUGUUGUAUCCAGUUGCCUAUGUUGACCAGGUUCUUGAGAUAGUGUGUGUACCAUAUCAGUGGCGUAUAACUAUGCUCAUCAUUGUUCUUGUCAAUGCCUUUGUAUCUGUCACAGUGGAGACAUGCUGAGGAGGACCCUGCUAUGCGCGGUGCUCGGACUUCUACGAGCCCAGCCCUUCCCCUGUCCGCCAGCCUGCAAGUGUGUCUUCCGGGACGCCGCGCAGUGCUCAGGGGGCGACGUGGCGCGCAUCUCCGCGUUGGGCCUGCCCACCAACCUCACGCACAUCCUGCUCUUCCGAAUGAGCCGCGGCGUCUUGCAGAACCACAGCUUCAGUGGCAUGACCGUCCUGCAGCGCCUCAUGCUCUCCGACAGCCACGUUUCCGCUAUUGCCCCUGGCACCUUCAAUGACCUGAGAAAACUGAAAACCCUCAGGCUGUCGCGCAACCAAAUCACUCAUCUUCCAGGCGCGCUGCUGGAUAACUUGGUGCUCCUGGAGCAGUUGUUUUUGGACCACAAUGCGCUAAGGGACCUUGACCAAAACCUGUUUCAGAAACUGGCUAACCUGCAGGAGCUCGUUCUGAACCAGAAUCAGCUCGAUUUCCUUCCUCCCAGUCUCUUCACGAAUCUGGGGAACCUGAAGUUGUUGGAUUUAUCGGGAAACGACUUGACCCACCUGCCCGAGGGACUGCUUGGCGCACAGGCUAAGCUUGAGAGACUUCUGCUCCAUUCGAACCGGCUUGUGUCUCUGGAUUCUGGGCUGUUGAACAGCCUGGGGGCCCUGACAGAUCUGCAGCUCCACCGAAAUCACAUCGGUUCCAUCGCACCCGGGACCUUCGACCGCCUCCCAAACCUGAACUCUUUGACUCUUGCGAGAAACCAUCUUGCGUUUCUCCCCUCGGCCCUCUUUCUUCAUUCGCACAAUUUGACUCUGUUGACUCUCUUCGAGAACCCUCUGGCAGAGCUCCCGGGGGUGCUCUUCGGGGAGAUGGGGGGCCUGCGGGAGCUGUGGCUGAACGGCACUCAGCUGCGCACCCUGCCCGCCGCCGCCUUCCGAAACCUGAGCCGCCUGCGGGUCUUAGGGGUGACCCUGAGCCCGCGGCUCAGCGCGCUCCCGCAGGGCGCCUUCCAGGGCCUGGGCGAGCUCCGGGAGCUCGCCCUGCACUCCAACGGCCUGACCGCCCUCCCCGACGGCUUGCUGCGCGGCCUCGGCAGGCUGCGCCAGGUGUCCCUGCGCCGCAACAGGCUGCGCGCCCUGCCCCGCACGCUCUUCCGAAAUCUCAGCAGCCUGGAGAGCGUCCAGCUGGACCAUAACCAGCUGGAGACCCUGCCUGGCGACGUGUUUGGGGCUCUGCCCCGGCUGACGGAGGUCCUGUUGGGGCACAACCCCUGGCGCUGCGACUGUGGCCUGGGGCCCUUCCUGGGGUGGCUGCGGCAGCACCCAGGCCUUGUGGGCGGGGAAGAGCCCCCCCGGUGCGCAGGCCCUGGGGAGCACGCCGGCCUGCAGCUCUGGGCCCUGCCGGGGAGUGACGCGGAGUGCCCCGGCCCCCGGGGCCCGCCUCCCCACCCCGCUGCGGACAGCUCCUCGGAAGCCCCUGGCAGUCUAACCUUGGCUCCCAACAGCUCAGAACUCUGGGUGUGGGCCCAGCCGGUGGCCACGGGCAAACGUCAAGAUCAUAGCCCAUUCUGGGGGUUUUAUUUUCUGCUUUUAGCUAUUCAGGCCAUGAUCACCGCGGUCAUCAUGUUUGCUAUGUUUAAAAUCGGCCAGCUCUUUCGAAAAUUAAUCAGAGAGAGAGCUCUUGGUUAAGUCAAUCGGAAAAUCUAAUUCUUUAGAAAGUGACCAGAUAUGGCUCAGAGGAGAAUCCAGACCGGCUGCUGCUGUCUUCCUCUCCCUCCUCCCCUCCCCACUCCUCCUCUCUUCCUCCUCUUCUCCGCCAAUGCCACGUCUUCCUUUCCCUCCUCUCCUCUUCGCUCUGUGCUCUUCAUUCUCGCAGGCCCGCAACCCCUCCUCUCUGUCCCCCCUCCCUCCCUCCCUCUCCUCAGAACUAAGCUUUGCAUUUGUGAACUGUGGUUGCCUGCCUUCCCUAGCUCCCGCUCCGGUGGGGGCGGUGGGGGCGCUGGGUUGUGUUGGGCCCAUCCUUGCCCCGCUGUGGCUGGCUUGGCGUCUGGCGGAGAGAGGGGGCUCUACGGAGUAAGGGGACAACUCCAGGCCAGGGCCUGUCUCCUGCACAGAGUUAGCCGGCAAAUGUUUGUGAAAUCAAUGAAUGGAUAAAGAAAUGCAUGCGAUCCAAGUAAUGAUGGCUUUUCCUGGAGGGAAAGGAUCGGUUGCUCUCUUUAUCUAUUUUUUAUUUUUUUAAGACAGAGUCUCACUCUGUCGCCCAGAAUGGAAGCACAGUGGUGCGAUCUCCGCUCAUUGCAGCCUCUGCCGCCCAGGUUCAAGCGAUUCUCAUGCCUCAGCUUUUCGAGUAGUUGGGAUGGCAGGGGUGUGCCACGACACCCAGCUAAAUUUUGUAUUUUUUUAAGUAGAGAUGGGGUUUUGCCAUGUUGGCCAGGCUGGUCUCGAACUCCUGCCCACAAGUGAUCUGCCCGCCUUGGCCCUCCCAAAGUGCUGGAAUUACAGGCAUGAGCCACCACACCCGGCCCUCUUUAUCGACUUUUAAUUGAGAAGUAGCGCUCUUGCCGUUCUUUCCCUUGCCCCAUUUUUCUCAUUUUAUAUAUCUCUGACCUAUGGGCUAUAUUUGGGAGAGCACUGGACUCCAUUUAUGCAAUGAGCAAUUUCAGGAUAGGCGGCUUCUGUGAAGCUGAGAGAGGAAGAAAACACAGAGCCUUCCCUCCAGGCGCUCAGUGUGUCCAGCGUGUUUCCUGAGCCUCCCGUGAGUUUCCACUUGCUUUACAUCCAGGCAAUACGUCAUUUUGAAACUGGAUUGAUUUUCAUUUCCUGGAACUUUGCCACCUCAUUUCACAAGCAUUUAUGGAACAGCUAACAUGUGGCUGUUAUUCAUGAAUAUAAUGAUAAGCUUGAUUCUAGUUUAGCUGCUGUCACAGUCUCCUUUGUUCUUCCAGCUGAAAGCUGUAAAACCUUUGUUGCUUUAAUUGGAUAUCUGUGCGUGGGAGAGGCAGUGGUUAAAACAGGGACUGGCGAGUUGACAACUGCGGGUUCAAAUCCCAGCUCUACCACUUACUAACGCAUGGGACUUUAUGUAAGUCACCUGCUUACAUUCUCUAAGCCUUAGUUGCCUCAGCCUUAAAAAAGGAUAAAAUAGUACCUGCUUCGUAGCGUUUUUAUGAGAAUUAAAGGCAAUAAAGCAUAUCAUGACUUUG